GGCUGCCGUGUCAUGUUUCAUGUAUUCAGUGUUACGCUUCUUGUUUUCUUCUCAGGUCCUCUUUCAGCGUAAAAGCGAGAUUCACAAGGUUCCUCUAAGAUGUCUUACAGAAAGGAGCUAGAAAAAUACCGAGACCUGGAUGAAGACAAGAUCCUUGGAGCACUGACAGAGGAGGAGCUCAGGAAGUUAGAGGAUGAACUGGAAGAGCUGGAUCCUGAUAAUGCAUUGCUGCCGGCAGGGCUCAGGCAGCGGGAUCAGACACAAAAGCCACCAACUGGCCCGUUCAAAAGGGAGGAACUCAUGGCCCACCUAGAAAAGCAGGCAAAGGAUCUUAAAGACAGAGAAGACUUGGUUCCCUUCACGGGUGAAAAGAGAGGAAAAGCUUGGAUCCCCAAGCAGAAGCCGAUGGAUCCUGUUUUGGAAAGUGUGACCCUGGAGCCGGAACUGGAGGAAGCCCUUGCUAACGCCUCUGAUGCAGAGCUCUGUGACAUUGCUGCCAUCCUUGGUAUGCACACCUUGAUGAGUAACCAGCAGUACUAUGAAGCGCUGGGGAGCAGCACCAUCGUGAACAAAGAAGGGCUCAACAGUGUAAUUAAGCCCACACAGUACAAACCAGUUCCGGAUGAGGAACCAAACUCAACGGAUGUGGAGGAAACUCUGAAACGAAUACAAAGCAAUGAUCCUGACCUCGAGGAAGUCAACCUUAACAAUAUUAUGAAUAUUCCCAUACCAACACUAAAAGCUUUUGCAGAAGCGUUGAAAAAUAACACAUAUGUGAAGAAGUUCAGUAUAGUUGGGACACGGAGCAAUGAUCCUGUUGCUUUUGCACUGGCAGAAAUGCUGAAGGUCAACAACACACUGAAGAGCCUGAACGUGGAAUCAAACUUCAUUUCUGGGUCCGGGAUCCUGGCUGUUGUCGAAGCGCUCCAGGGCAACACCUCACUUGUAGAGCUGCGCAUUGACAACCAGAGCCAGCCCUUGGGCAACAAAGUAGAAAUGGAGAUUGCGAGCAUGUUGGAAAAGAACACCUCCCUGCUGAAGUUUGGGUACCAUUUCACUCAGCAAGGUCCCCGGCUCCGUGCCUCCAAUGCCAUGAUGAAUAACAAUGACCUAGUGAGGAAGAGAAGACUUGCAGAGUUGAACGGGCCUAUUUUUCCCAAGUGCAGAACUGGAGUGUAAUUCCUGGCUGUGGAGGUCAUUCCUGGCGAUCUGUUCUACACUGUGGAAAUCUAAAGGCAAUAAGUGCCUUGACAGAGUAUUUGUGGUGCCUCAGUUCUGUUUUAUGCACUAUCAGUUUAAAUUAACUAGUGGCUGUAGUUGAAGAUUUUACCCAGUAGGACUAUUGAUGUUUUCUGUAGAGUUGGAAACUAUUCAAGCCAGUGACAACCUGCCAAUUUUAUGCAACUUCAGUUUAAAAUACAUCCCAGUGUAAAAGUGAUUCUUAAUUAACCUGGGACCUAAUUUUUCUAUAGACUUCCUGCACGGUGUUUCAUA